AUGCAGUUCAAGAACGUCCUCAUCGCCGCCUUUGCCGCCACGGCCACUGCCCAGGACAUCUCCCAGCUGCCCACCUGCGCUCUCGGCUGCUUCAUCAGCAAUGCGGGCGUCAGCGGCUGCGCCAGCGUUCUCAACUUUGCCUGCUCUUGCGCUUCGACCGCCUACUUUGCUGCAGUCACCACCUGCGCCCAGAGCAGCUGCAGCGCUACCGACCAGGCCACCACUCGCGCCUGGGCCGUCGCCACCUGCAACUCGGUUGGCGUCCCCCUGCCCAACUAG